AUGCUACCGCAACCCUCCUCGUCGCGCAGCAAGCUCGCAUCACACGGGGAUCACCAUGUGGUUGCGCACUCGAUCAGCCUGCGCCGUCUGCUCUCCCGAUUGGACAAGGUCGAGCUCAUCGCACUCGUCGCAAGGUGGCUCGACAACACCGGACCUUCGUAUCUGCCGCCCAUGCUCUCGCGUCGCCAGCCACGCGCGGGCGAGGAUGAUCCGGCGUCCAACCUCAUGCUCUACCACUCGAUCCUCGACCUCAACGAGGAGCGUCGGUGCCGAUCGAUGGACGAGCUGCGCUUGCUGUGGACCGGGCCCAUGGCGGAUCCCAAGGUGCCAAAGGCACGUGCAGUCGACCGCAUCACCGACGUCGACUGGCCCGAAGGCCUGAGCUACGCCAUGGUCGCCGAGCUCGAUCUGUUCGGCAUGCAUGCGCGUCCGCUCUCCAAGACGUGGACCACGGUGCGCCUCGAGUACGACGACGACGUCGACGCGUCCGCGCGCGGCUGGGAACGCCUCACCGAGGCUCAGAUCCGCACGCGCCUCAGCAGCGAACUCGCACACUACUUUGAACACCACAUCUACCUCUAUCCGCGCUCGCCUGCGCCCGACACCAGCCACACCGACAAGCCGUUCUCCAGCCCGUGGACCGACGGCUUUUCGUACUUUCGCAUCGUGCUCGCUCCGGCGCCCAGCGACAUCUGUGCGGCGGGACUGCACAUCCUCCAUCUGCCGCGCACGCCGUUCUUGCUCGUGUUCGGCAGCCUGGGCCGCGGCGCAGAGAACCGCGAGAUGGCGCUGUCGGCGUUUGCGUCGGCGGCAGGCGCAGCCACACUCAACUAUGCAAGGCCCACGGGCGGCUCGACGGCGGCGGCUAAGCUGCUUGCACAGCUCAACGAGGCAGGUGAGGAUGCGGCGGGCAACCGCCGCACGCUGGGCGAGCUGCGCGGCAAAGAUCCGAGGGCGCUGCGUCAGAUCCUGCUGCACGAGUCGGGGCAGCUCUCGACGACGGCCGAGGCGAGUUCGGCGGGCGCGGGCGUGGCGGGCGGCAACAAGGCGAGGCAGAUGCGCAGGUCCAACGGCGGCAGUGGAGGCGUUGAAGACGGGCCGCUCAUCGCACCACUCAAGCGACGGCGCGAGGAGCAUCUGGACACGCUCGGCAUUCGACCGCCCACACCACCAGCAUCUGGCUCCGACUGGGAUGCUCUGUCGCUGUCGUCGUCCACGUCGCGCGCCAAGAAGCGCGAGUCGCACACGCCCACGCUCCAGGCGCCGCACGAGGCACAAGCUUCCGCUCGCAGUGCGCUCUCGGCGCGCACCGAGUCGCGCCGCGAGGCCAACGAGUUGUUCGGCCCGGCCCCUGCGUCCGGUGCGGACGACGCACUGCCGCGCGUCGAGCGGCUCGAGUACGAACUGCAUCUGCCGUUCCCCAGCAUGCAGCGAUACAACACGCGCCGCCUCGUCGACAUGCACGCCUACAAUGCCGACCCGGACAAGCCCAAGAUCAAGCUGCGUCUCGAGGGCACACAUGUGCUGGCGGGCCUGCGCAAGCUUGUGGCUGCUGGCAUGGAUCGUACCACCACCAGGCUCGAUGCGGGCGAGGCAGAGGACGACGAGGCGCACGUCAAGCUCGACGGCAUCCCCGGCUGGCUGUCCGAGGUCAGGGGUACUAAGCUCGUCGUGCAGCCGCCAGCGCUCGGCGACGACAGCAGCCAAGACAUGUAG